UUUGAUAUUAUUUAUAUCGAUCAUAUCUAACGUACUAAACUGUAAUUGCAUUACACUGUAUGUAUGUGCACCUUUUUAAUAGUAUUGUAAAUUGUAUAUACCUAUUACACUAUAUAAUAGUAUUGCGAUACGAUGAUAAUAACCGCGUGGUGCAGUCGAGCGGAAAAGGAAACGCAGAUUUUACUGAUGACCGAACUUUUUGUCGUAGGAUAGAAGUUUGUUGUCGUGUCGUUGCUGCUGCCGUGGUCUGUGCUGUACAACAAUUAAAGUAUGAGUGCAGUGCGUUAAAAAAUUUCCUAUCACUACCGUUUCACCAAUUACCAGCACACAACACUUGUUUCAACACAUAUACCAACGACCCCCUUCCAUUUGACUUCCUCCAAAAACGUAGGAAAAUGAUUUAAUUAUUGAAGAGAAUGUUGAAAAAUUUAAAAAAGGACAAUAAGUAAGUAUUUGUGACGUUAUUUUGAGCUUGUUGAAGAUGAAAUGAGAAAUUUCACAGAUUACGAGGUAGUUAUAGACUAUACAGAGUGGGAACUGGAAAGUCAUACAACUAGAGUAAAAGGAAAUGAGAAUAAAAGUAGGUGUGAUAAAAUUUAAAACGGGAUAAGGCAGUUAUGUAAA